UGCACAGUUCUGUCUUACAAUACAAAAAUUGGCUCCCCCUCUCCUGUCUCUCUGAGUUCGAUCCAUUGUCUUCCUGUAAUUCGGUUUCUGAUCUCUGAGGAUUUGUUCUCUUCCAAAGCUAGUUACUCUCUAAUCUGGGAAAAUGCCUCUCAGACUCGAGAUCAAGAGAAAGCUUGCCCAAAGAUCAGAAAGAGUAAAAUCCGUGGAUCUACAUCCAAGGGAACCAUGGAUUCUAGCAAGUUUAUACUCAGGAACUGUCUGUAUUUAUGACUACCAGUCUCAGACCAUGGCAAAGUCAUUUGAGGUCACUGAGUUACCAGUUAGGUCAGCCAAGUUUAUUGCACGCAGGCAGUGGGUUGUUGCUGGAGCAGAUGAUAUGUUUAUUCGUGUAUAUAAUUACAACACAAUGGAUAAAGUUAAAGUAUUUGAAGCACAUACAGAUUACAUAAGGUGUGUGGCAGUUCACCCUACCCUUCCUUAUGUCCUGUCAUCUUCUGAUGAUAUGCUCAUAAAGCUUUGGGAUUGGGAGAAAGGUUGGGUAUGUACUCAGAUAUUUGAGGGACAUUCCCAUUAUGUCAUGCAAGUGACAUUUAAUCCUAAAGACACUAAUACAUUUGCCAGUGCAUCUCUAGAUCGCACCAUAAAGAUUUGGAAUCUUGGCUCUCCUGAUCCCAAUUUUACAUUGGAUGCCCAUCAGAAAGGAGUGAAUUGUGUUGACUACUUUACAGGCGGUGACAAACCUUAUCUGAUAACUGGUUCUGAUGAUCAUACUGCUAAGGUAUGGGACUAUCAGACCAAAAGUUGUGUCCAGACUCUAGAAGGUCACACGCACAAUGUAUCUGCUGUAUGCUUUCAUCCUGAUCUUCCUAUAAUUAUUACUGGUUCAGAGGAUGGUACAGUGCGCAUAUGGCAUUCAACAACUUAUAGACUGGAGAACACAUUGAAUUAUGGUCUUGAAAGAGUUUGGGCUAUUGGAUAUGUUAAAGGUUCACGUCGGGUUGUGCUUGGCUAUGAUGAGGGAACUAUUAUGGUCAAAUUGGGCCGCGAAGAGCCUGUGGUCAGCAUGGACAAUAGUGGGAAAAUUAUUUGGGCUAAACAUAAUGAAAUUCAGACAGUCAAUAUAAAGAGUGUAGGAGCAGAUGUGGAGGUUGCUGAUGGAGAAAGAUUACCUUUGGCUGUUAAGGAGUUGGGCACGUGUGAUCUCUACCCACAAAGUUUAAGGCACAAUCCAAACGGGAGGUUUGUUGUUGUAUGUGGAGAUGGUGAAUAUAUUAUAUACACUUCAUUGGCAUGGAGAAAUAGGUCAUUUGGUUCUGCACUGGAAAUUGUUUGGUCUUCAGACGGAGAAUAUGCUGUCAGAGAAAGUACAUCAAAGAUUAAAAUUUUCACAAAAAAUUUUUUUAAUGAAUUUCAGGAAAAGAAGAAUAUUCGACCAACUUUUUCUGCUGAACGAAUAUUUGGUGGCACCUUGUUGGCAAUGUGCUCAAAUGAUUUCAUUUGCUUUUAUGAUUGGAGUGAAUGCAGGUUAAUCCGUCGUAUUGAUGUUAAUGUGAAAAAUCUCUACUGGGCUGAUAGUGGUGAUCUAGUGACAAUUGCUAGUGAUACAUCAUUCUACAUUCUGAAGUACAAUCGUGAUAUAGUUGCAUCAUCUUUGGAUGGUGGAAGACCUGUCGAUGAUCUAGGGGUGGAAGAUGCAUUUGAGCUCCUUCAUGAAAUAAAUGAACGGGUUAGGACAGGCAUCUGGGUUGGAGAUUGUUUUAUUUACAACAAUUCCUCUUGGAGGCUUAAUUACUGUGUUGGUGGUGAGGUAACUACAAUGUUUCAUUUGGAUCGACCUAUGUACUUGCUGGGAUAUCUUGCCAGCCAAAGUCGGGUCUAUCUGAUAGACAAAGAGUUCAAUGUCAUGGCAUACACAUUGCUUCUGAGCUUGAUUGAGUACAAGACUCUUGUAAUGCGUGGUGAUUUGGGUAGGGCCAAUGCAGUUCUACCUACAAUUCCUAAAGAGCAUCAUAAUAGUGUGGCUCAUUUCCUGGAAUCACGAGGGAUGAUAGAGGAUGCCCUUGAAGUAGCAACUGAUCCUGACUACAGAUUUGAGUUAGCCAUGCAGCUUGGGAGACUGGAGGUGGCAAAGAGUAUUGCAACAGAAGUGCAAAGUGAAUCUAAAUGGAAGCAGUUGGGAGAACUGGCUAUGUCUACUGGAAAGUUAGAAAUGGCUGAAGAAUGUUUAAAGAAUGCAAUGGAUUUGAGUGGAUUGUUACUGCUAUAUUCUUCUUUAGGAGAUGCUGAGGGAAUAUCAAAUCUUGCAACCCUUGCUAAAGAGCAAGGGAAGAACAAUGUCGCAUUCCUUUGCAUGUUUAUGUUGGGUAAACUUGAAGACUGCCUUCAACUGUUGGUAGAAAGCAAUCGGAUUCCUGAAGCUGCUUUAAUGGCACGGUCUUAUCUCCCAAGCAAGGUCUCAGAGAUAGUAGCAAUUUGGAGAAAAGAUCUCCAUAAGGUUAGCCCCAAAGCUGCUGAAUCAUUGGCUGAUCCUGAGGAGUAUCCUAAUUUGUUUGAAGACUGGCAAAUUGCAGUUGCUGUCGAGUCUAAAGCUACAGAGACAAGGGGUGCUUACCCUCCUGCACAGGAGUAUGUCAAGCGUGCUGGAAAGUCAUAUGUUACCCUUGUCGACACUUUUAGAAAUAUGCAGAGUGAAGAGGGGAAGGAGCUUCUUGAGAAUGGAGAUUCUAAUCAUGAGUUGGUUGAACAGAAUGAAGAAGAGCUCGACGCAGAGGAAAGGCAGGAGGAACAGAAUGGAGAGGAGGCUGUUGUGGUGGAUGCUGAUUCUACAGAUGGUGCAGUACUUGUUAAUGGCAACGAGGCUGAUGAAGAGUGGGGUACGAAUAAUGAAGGAGCCCCGUCAACCUAAAAGCAAUUUGUUGGAACAGUGUGAAAAAUCCAAAUUUUGUCUCUGUGCUCACUCCACAUCACUAGGUCUCAUCAAGACAGACGGUUCCAGCUCCAGUGGAUGUAUAUGAGGUUUCAGUCACGGAGGCCAUGAUGAGAUAGUGGAGAUCAAUUGUUCCCAAUUCCCAUUUCCUGGUAUUGUGGUUUUAGGAUGCCGACUUUUGUCAUCUUGCAAGUGGUAUAACGAUAUAACAGUAUAGCGUAGGGUCUGUUACAUUUUGCCACAUUAUGUAGCAUUCUUCUGAGGAUUCUUGCCUCCAUAGGCCUGUCCCGUUUUGAAAGUAGAAAGCUGAGGCUGAUGAUGAUUGAUUGUUCAAAUUCUAGAUGGUAAUAUUGGUCCCAAAUAUAUUGAUUAUUGAUAUUCUUUUGGAUUGAAACCCGGACCUUUAAUAGCUAAAAUAAAGAUUCUUUCCCAGAAUCUUGUUUCUGUUGAGA